CCGUUCCUACAUGAGAUCCAGCAACAUCGGGCGCGCACGGACGAUAUAUGUAGCUGUAUGGGGGCGCGAUCAGUAUUUUCUUACGGUGCGAAUCCAAAAUGUCAGACAUCGAUAAAUGGAUAGAGAUCGCGAAAGAAUGCAAAUACUUGCCCGAGAAUGAUCUCAAGAAACUCUGUGACUUGGUAUGUGAUUUAUUACUGGAAGAAUCCAACAUCCAGCCUGUAUCUACUCCGGUGACAGUAUGCGGUGAUAUCCACGGUCAGUUUUACGAUUUAGAGGAACUGUUCCGUAACGGUGGUCCUGUACCGGACACGAAUUACAUAUUCCUGGGAGAUUUUGUCGAUCGGGGUUACUAUAGUUUAGAAACAUUUACUCGUCUGCUCACGCUUAAAGCUAAAUGGUCCGACAGGAUAACGUUACUUCGUGGUAAUCAUGAAUCUAGACAAAUCACGCAUGUUUAUGGAUUUUAUGAUGAAUGCCAAAACAAGUAUGGUAAUGCUAAUGCAUGGAAAUACUGUUGUAGGGUAUUUGACUUGCUCACAGUUGCUGCCUUAAUCGAUGAACAGGUUCUUUGUGUACAUGGUGGAUUGUCUCCAGCUAUUAGAACACUAGAUCAAAUUAGAACGAUUGAAAGGAAUCAAGAGAUUCCACACAAAGGUGCUUUCUGUGAUUUGGUCUGGUCUGAUCCAGAGGAUGUAGAAACAUGGACGGUAAGUCCACGUGGCGCAGGUUGGCUGUUCGGUAGUAAGGUGACUUACAUGUUUAUGGAAGUGAAUGACCUUAAACUCAUCUGUAGGGCACAUCAACUAGUACAGGAAGGUUAUAGGUACAUGUUUAAUGAUAAACUUGUCACAGUGUGGUCAGCUCCAAAUUAUUGUUACCGAUGUGGUAACAUAGCUAGUAUCAUGCAGUUCACGACAGUGGAUCAGAGAACACCCGUGCUAUUCCAGGCAGUGCCUGAUUCCGAAAGAGUAAUCCCACCUCUAACACCCACUCCGUACUUUUUGUGAUCUAUCUUAGUGGCUCAUUUGUACGGGUGCAGAAGAGACAUGUCUGUGUCUAGACUCUACGGAAUCACAUGAUUUGAUUAGCCAGACCCAGGCUGAUACCAUGACGGAACCAUAACAUUCAUGAAAAUAUAUCACAAACCGAUUAUACAUUACCUAAAGAGAGUUUUGAUUCCCUUAAAAAAAAUUGUUUAAUGCGUUCUACGAUCAAAGUACGAUACUUAGAGGACUGAAUUGUCGUGUGAUUGCUCUUAUUCAGGGAAUGUUCUUUAGAUUUUUUAAGAACUUUAUCAGGUUUUACAUGUUGUAAAGCUAAACUUUUAUAUAUAUACAUAGUGUCUGCCAUUGCAUCAGCCUGAUUUUUGUAGCUCGAGAAAAAAGGAAAUGAUAUUUUGCAUCAGAGAAAAUGUGAACAUUUUGUGGUCUAGACGCUUUUGCUGUCUACUAUGUACAUUCUGUAGAACAUUCAUAUCUCAGAGCAGCAUUCUGGACUUUAAUGUUCAAAAGACUAAGAGCUUUUAAAUAAUUUAUGAGUGCGAAUAACGCAAAAUAGUCCAGUGCUGUAUGUGUGAGUAAUUAAUUAAAAAAGAAAAAAAAAGAAACGUUCAAACAUUCCGGCAAAAAGAUACACUCUCUGAGUACAGUGAAUGCUUCUCUGACAUAAUCGUUGUGCGUAGAAUUCAGGUUUAUUAAAGCGUGAGAAUAUAUAGUACUGUUAAGGUCUUCCUGAACAUAUAAAUGAUCUGUUUCUGGUUUAGGUACUGUGUGCUGCGUGCUGUUCUUUUUUCUUCUAAAAGCGCAAUCAGUGUUCUUAGCAAGAAUCGUAAAUUCGGCUCUUUUUUGCCGAAGUACAAAUAGCGUAUAGCAGUAGCCAAAGUUUUCCUGCUUAGGUAAGGAAAUCCGAUAAUUUUUGUCGGAUUGUUGUAGUAUCUGUAGAGACUUUUCUCUUAUUAUUUUUAUGCACAUGACAUUUUUUUUAUGCUUAAUUUUAAGAAAUUCUAAGCUCAAAUAUCGUCCUUAAAUUAUCUUGACACGCAUUUUUCGAAAAAGAUAUUCACCAUUUGUUCGUCACACUUCUCUCUCUCUCUCUCUAUAUAUAUAUAUAUAUAUGUACAAAGCAAUAUUUUCAAAUACUAUUGCAUUCUCCGAAUCUUUGUACAGUUUCCAAUAUUGUAUGCCAAAUCGCUGUCGUUCUAAAUAAUCGUAAUUAGCUAAUUGUUAUAAGUUCAUUAAUGUAGGGAGCAACUUUAAAAGGAAAAAAACCGAGACCCUUAGCAAUGUGCCUCUAAAUUAAUAAGUGUUUGUGUAAUAUAAUGAUACGAUAUUGAUAUGACGUAAUUAAUGGAAAUGCACCGGCCAUUGCGUAUCAUAAGCCUGAAUUCUGACCAUCGAUUUUUACUAGCUCACGAUAAUUCCUAAUCGAUCACAGACCCGACAAAUACGGCAUUGGCAUUGUGGCACAGGCUGUCAAGUUGAAACUACUCUAUUUUGAAUUUUGUGAUAUAGACCGAUGGAGGCGUGUGCAAUGAUCAUGUCGAUGUUUAUAACGACUCUCCUUGUCGCACCAUUCGAAGAGAUUUUGUGAAGACCCGUUAUUCCAAGAAAUAUAAUAAACUUUUGAACAGUGCCUUCAGAACUAUAACAUGACGGUCUACUAGAAAUAUAAAUGCUUUCUUACCGACAGAUUAUCAUAGACGAACUAACAUAAGGACGAAGAAUCAUACAAAUACCAGAGCUUAACGAGAAAUGCGUAUAUGUGGAAAUUUUUAUCGCUCUUUCUUUCUCUUUUUACUCUACUUCAUAAACUCUUUAUUAUUUAGAAUUAUAGCUAUUAUUUAGAACAAAUCUUUCCUUUUUCGAAACUUUUCUACGAUAUUUACGUUUUACUACCCUUUUAGAUCUUACUCUUACAUUUUACAUCACACACGCGGGAUAUUCUCUAUUUGUACUACAAUUUAUUACAACGUAUGUACAAUUGCGCAAUACUUUGUGCGAGUAAUGUAUUACAUUAGAUAGAAGAGUGCAUCUAGAAUGAAAUGGGACACGGAGCUUGCGUUACAAACUCGACUCGCUACAUUUGCAGCCUCCGAGUCGUGAAACGGUGUCGCAACGACGGGAACGCCCUAUCUGCGGUACGGGUAUCAUAGAAAUCCUAAAAAAAAGUAUUAGCUUCUGUAUCUAUCGGGGUGUUCGCGGCGUUUCGUUUACUGGAAUGCCUCUGUCUGUGAUCGCUUUAAUCUUAUCGAAGUGUCCAAGCGCUUGCGGCGACUCGAUAUUAAUAAUCGGUAAGCUCGCGAGAAAGAGAGAGAACAAAUAAAGACAAUUUGCAAGAUAAAAUAAAAAUAACGAAGACUAAUUUAGCUUAAUAUGCUCCGUGCGGGAGCUUGAACACUGCGCAUAAUCCUUAAAGAUCUCACAGGUAGACACCAUUAUAAAACGAUCAUCAUGUACCUUGAAAGUAUAGACUUUGUUAUGUUAAUGUAAUGAAGAACGUCUGUAAUAAAAAUGCGCAAAAAAUCGCA